CUGACUUAAGCUGCAUUGAGUUUGAGUGCAUUGCGUUGUGGGUUGUGGUUCAUUGUGGUCUGAUUUAACAUAACCUAAAAAGUUUGCAUGAAAAUGGAACAAUUUUUUUGUUCUAGUGUUUGAUUUAUAUAACUUUAUUAAUGUAAACAAAUGUACAAUAAACUAGUGACAUGGCUGAGAGAAAUCUUGAUUUCGUUUUCACUAGUGCAAUAGACAGUUUUUCAAAGCACCUCCACAAAGAGUUGAAGAAACAAGAUAGCAAUGAUUUAUUUUCACCUAUCAACAUCCAUGCAUUUCUGACUCUUCUUUCUCAGGAUCCUUGGUUUUACAGUAAAGAUAGUUUCAAUAGAUUCUUAUACCUCGAUGUUAAAACAGCAUCUACACUUUACAAAGAUAUUUUCGAUGUUUUUAACAGUAUUAAUAAUCUUCUGAUUGCUAACAAUUCUUUGUUGAAACCAAGCCAAGUUCCAGAAGCUUUUAGAAAUCGUCUCAGGGAUAACUUUGCUAGUGAAAUAAACCUAUUGGAUUUCACUAAAUUAGAAGAUACUACCACAGCAAUUAACACAUGGGUCCAUGAUAGGACUCUUCAGAAAAUUACACCAUUUAGUGGUUUAAGGGACGACGUGAAUUUUACAUUUUUAAGUGCGACAGGCUUUAAAAGUGACUGGACGGAACCAUUCUCCGUGGAUGAGACAGUUUCUGCAACUUUUUAUUUGAACGAGCAAGAUACGGUGCCAGUUCAAAUGAUGAGAAAAAAAGGUGAAUUUUAUUUUGAGCAUCAUUUAGGUCUGGAAGCUAAAAUUUUAAAAUUACCGUUUGCCGGCAACAAAGUAAACCUUGUGUUGUUUUACCAAGAAAAGAAAUAAAUAUUAAUGAAUUUGUUCAAU